AUUGUAAUUUGUCACUCAGCUCCUUCAGACUAGCCAGCAGCAAUUAGCAAACACCUAAUGAAACUGUGCAUCUGCUGAGGUCAUUGUACAAGCUACUUCUCUGAAGGCUGACUUUUUUAGAGACACAGGUCCAAUUUCAAGGUGUUAAAUUGAGAAGUCAAAUUUCUUUUAAGUCUUAUUUGAUAUAUGUGACAUUUAGAGUACAAAAAAAUGAGCAAAAAUGGGUUCUAUGGAAGAGUUCCAAUAGCAAACCUACUGCUGACUAAAAUUAACCUGAUGUAUGGAAGAAUUGCCGAAAGUCAAGAUCAUAUUCAAUCUGAGUGCAAGAUUUCACAUCUUUGCUAUUAGAACUUGAAAUGCUCGCCGUCAAAGCUACGGGUUUCUUUCCAAUAUAUUCUGUUCACACGCAGCUUUGAUGCUCCUUGCAUAUGGGAGGACAUGUUCUCACUAUAUUAAUGCCAGUUUAAAAAAAAACUGAAACCUUCAAACCUGGCAAAUGACUUUGGGUAACAUGGCUCUAUCUGCAGCUGGGCAGUGAACAGAUAAUCCCAUGCUUCAUCAGCAUGUUCCUUUUUCUGUUUUCCAGGCAGCAGAUAAGUGUGACUGACAGAGAGGUGUGCCUGUUUCAAGUUUUUUUGUUUUUUUUUUAAUGUGGGAACAGACCACCUGAACCACUGUGAUAAAUAGAGUUUAGAUGAGCCGAUGCCUCACAGCCUGAACUGUCCAGACAGGAUGAAAGGUUUUUGGUUUCUGCUGGUGCUUGUGUCUCUGGCCAGAUCUGAGAGGCUCUUCACUGGUGACCAGGUCAUCAGAGUCGACGCUCAAUUGGAGGAACAGAUCAAGCUGCUGCAGAUUCUGGAGUCUGAGGAAAAAUGGAACCUGGACUUCUGGCGCCACCCGGUGUCCACGGAGCUUCCUGUUGAUGUCCGAGUGCCCCGUGGCCACCUUGGUGCUGUGAAGGAGUACCUGAAUGCCCAUGGCAUCCCUUUCACUGUCAUGAUUGACGACGUCCAGGAGCUGCUCGAUCAGGAGAAAGCUGAGAUGAGAGAGAACCAGAUCAGGCAGCGCAACACCGGGAACUUCAACUUUGGAGCCUAUCAUCCUCUGGAGACGAUCUACAGCUGGAUGGACACACUGGUGGCUCAGUACCCACACCUGGUGACUAAACUGGAAAUCGGCAGAUCUUAUGAGAACAGACCCAUGUAUGUCCUCAAGUUCAGCACCGGAGGGACCAAUCGCCCAGCUAUCUGGAUGGACUUGGGUAUUCACUCCAGGGAGUGGGUGUCUCAGGCCACUGGAGUGUGGACGGCCAACAAGAUCGCCACUGAUUAUGGUUCUGAUGCCUCCCUGACCUCGGUUCUGAACACCAUGGACAUUUACAUGCUUAUUGUGGCCAACCCUGAUGGUUAUGUUUUCUCCCACACCAAUGACCGGAUGUGGCGUAAGACGCGUUCUCCAAACUCAGGCUAUCUGUGUGUCGGAGUCGAUCCCAACAGGAACUGGGAUGCAGGAUUUGGUGGCCCCGGUGCCAGUACCUAUCCCUGCUCUGAUGCCUAUCACGGCCCCUUUGCUCACUCUGAGAUCGAGGUGAAGAACAUUGUGAACCUGAUCCAGAGCCACGGCAACUUCAAGUCCUUCAUCUCCGUCCACGCCUACUCCCAGCUCCUCAUGUACCCGUACGGCUACACCUGCAGGAGCGCUGCUGAUCAGGCUGAGCUGGACUCUGUCGCCCGUGCUGCAGUGCAGAAGCUCACGUCCCUCUACGGCACCACAUACAAGGUUGGAAACAUCUGCAACAUCAUCUAUCAAGCCAGUGGUGGGAGCAUUGACUGGUCCUAUGAUGUGGGCAUCAAAUACUCUUUUGCCUUUGAGCUGAGGGACACUGGUCGCUAUGGUUUCAUCCUUCCUGCCGAUCAGAUUAUCCCCACUGCCUCCGAGACUUGGUUAGCCCUGAAGCACAUCAUGGAGUAUGUUCGUGAUCACCCUUAUUAGUGGGCUAUUGAUUCUGGGACCAAUAAAGCUACUUUUCGCCUCA